GUCGCGCGCGAGUCGGACAACAAUAACCGAUGGCGACACUGCUAAUUGAAUUAUAAGCGAUCGUGAGCUGCCGUUCGAUUAGAAAUUGAUAUGGGUGGACGUACGCGGCGCUGCGGAUGUACGGGUGAAAGUAUGACGCGACGUCGAUAGAUCCCGCGACGAUACCGGGAACAUUUUUUUCACUCGGCUCGGAAAGUUAAAUCGAUUAAGUGACACGGCUGUUGCGUGAACGCGCAGCCUUUUAAACCAUAGCGACGCCGAUUUUUACGCUUUUCGCCAGAGCCAAGGUUGAGUCUCGGGGACCGAUGACACGUCGCAUUUUUCGUCUCCCAUCACCGACUGUCAUCGUGUACCGAGCCCGAAGGUCGCGGAGAAGAGCGUUUGGAAAUCGUCGUUGAAAGGGUCGCAAAAAAAGAGGAUUCUAACGAGCUCGCGCGAUUAUCGAGUCUCUCGAGAGCUGCGUUUAAAGGUUAAGAGCAGGUACGCCUCGAACAUCGUUAUCUUUUUUUUUUCAAGUUUCUGGAAAUUCACCCUCCAGCACAGUCUCCCGCGUUAUCCCUUGCUCGGAAGUGCACUGCCCACGUGGUCUUUCACCAUCGAGAUCGUGACAGGGAGAGUCCGAAUAAAGUCCAGCACCGGCAGAGAUAGAGAGAGGGAGAAAGGCCCAGCGUAUCCUACCCACACGUUUUUAGCGUUUUCACCGGUGUGCGCGCGCGCUCCUUUUUUCCCCUACUAUCUUCCACAGCCAAGAGCGGCGUCGGUGUCGGCGUAGCGGCUCGAGUCUCUGUCUCGGGGGGGCCCACGUCGCACGCGGGCGAAAUCACUUCUCGAAGAGCAGUCGUCGCAGUGGCAGCUUCGACUCAGCGAUCUUCGAGAUUGCCUGGAAGCGCGGCUUGCGCAAGUGAAGAGCCAAGUGUAUAGCGAUCGAGCGGAGAAAGGUACAUCGUCCUCGGGUAGGUCUCUGGAAGCGAAGAAAAGUGCGAGAGACAGCAGAGCGAGCAAGUUUGAGUGAUGACUGUCGAGAUCGGUAGUAGCGGCUGCUGCGAGCUGCCGAGUGAGCCCGAUUUUUCCUAGACCACACUCGCGAACUCUCAAGUGCAGGGAAGGAUGAAAAGGAGCACGUCGACCUGAUACGCGAUGAUGCCGUGGUGAACCCACCGAUCGCCGAAUCCAAGCCCUUCGCUGACUAACCGACAACCCCCGCAAGCAACCGCAGCCGAGAGAAGAAAAGAAGAACAAGCGAAGAAAAAUAUAACAUCGACACGAUGCGUUCGCUACUGUGCGUCUCGCUGCUUCUGCUGGCGACGAUCGGCAGGAUAUCUUGCGACAGCGAGGCAUCGGUGCGGCUACAGUCCAUCGUGCCGACGAUAGACUCGAGCGAGCCGGCCAAGGACGGCGACGCAGCCGCGAAUCCCUCGAGGACGCCGGAAGAGCGCUCGAGCAACUGGACGACGCUCACCGAAGCCCUCGACAUCUUCAGCGCGAGGAACCUCGCGAGGAACUGGCAGGAGGGCAAGUUCCCCCUCAACCAGGAGUGCGAGAGGGACGUCAGUCGCUACAUCGAGGGACUGAGGCGACAGGAGCUCUGGGCGCUCAAGGUCGACGAUGCCUCGGGCCGCUACACGAACGGCUUCUUCUGGGGCAACUCGUACUUUGUGGGCUCGGCUACCGAGUGCGAGUUCAUCGGCCAGGCCGCCAGCAGCAAGUCGUCGUCGUCGUCGUCGUCGUCGUCUCCGGAAUCGAUCAGCGAGGCCGAAGAGUUCAAUGCCGAGCCGCACAAGAAGCGAGCCAACGUCGGGCACAGCGGCGCCUCGAGCAUCGUCCUUCCCGAGGGGGCCAACGACAGGCCGCCUUAUCCCCUGGGAUUCUUCAUGAUGAGGAUCGCCGUGAACGGAACCCUGGCACCUGCGACGAGGCUGUUGCACCUCGGAGUCUGUCUGCCGUUCUCCUGUCACGCGGCUGACGUGGCCGUCAUCGCCAAGCUCGCCGCCAGCGAUAACGCCGGCAAGUACUCCUUCGUCGAGAAGGUCCGCGACCAGCACGACUACUACGACAUGUACGCCGACAAGGUCUUCUGGAUCCUCUUCGGAGUAAGCACAGUAGUGCUCUUCCUGCUGAUCGGCGGCACGAGCUACGACGUCUACUUGUCGAAGCGCAUCGCCCGCAAGCAGAACAUGUCCUACGACCUGGAGAAGCACGUGAAGCUCGAGCAGUUGGCCACCGGCAAGAUCCACAACGCGUCUCAAGGUAGAGCCUACAUUCCUGUUCCAGUAGCCGAGUCCGGGCAGGUCACCGCCUCGCCACCGAUCAACAACAACAACGACCACGAGGGUAGCCUCCGGCCGCCCACGCCGGAUCUUCAGAAACUAAACGUGUGGGAGGAGCUGCUGCUGUCCUUCUCGAUCCGGGCGAACUUCCGGGUGAUCUGCGAGGGCGAGGUCGGCCGCGACACGAUCAGCACGAUCCACGGUCUGCGCGCCAUCUCCAUGGCCUGGGUCAUCCUGGGCCACACCUGCAUCGUGGUCUUCAAGUACUCGGACAACAUGGAGUACCGGAAGAUCGUGGAGAAGCGCUUCCUCUUCCAGACCAUCCAGAACGGCGCCUUCAGCGUCGACACGUUCUUCUUCAUGGGCGGACUGCUCGUCAGCUUCCUCUACUUCAGGACCAACGCCAAGGGCGACCUGAACAGGCUGACCCAGGGCACCAGAGGAUUCGUCGCCGGCUUCCUCAAGUUCCUCGGCUUCCUGGGCUACAGGUUCUGCAGGCUGACGGCGCCGUACAUGUUCGUGCUGGGAAUCACCGAGAUCUCCAUGAAGUGGUUCCACUCGAACUCGGUCUUCGAGCCGCCCACCGCCGACCACGAGAACUGCCAGAACUACUGGUGGAGGAACCUGCUCUACAUCAACACGCUCUACCCGGUCGAUCAGAUGUGCAUGCUGUGGAGCUGGUACGUGGCCGACGACACGCAGUUCUACAUAGUGGGCGCCGUGAUCUUGAUCGUCGCGACGAAUCACUUCAAGAUCGCGGCCUUCUCGCUGGUCGCCCUGAUGGUCAGCUCGUGGAUCACGACCGGCUACAUCGCCCUCGUGAACAACCACAUGCCCAACACCGACGACCCGCUGGCCCUCUUCGACAAAAUUUACGACAAGCCCUGGACCCGGCUCGGUCCCUACCUCAUUGGCAUGGCUGUCGGUUAUUUUCUCUUCAAGACUGAUUGCAAAAUUAAGAUGUCCAAAGCAACUGUCUUCAUAGGAUGGCUCCUCUCGACGGCGUGUCUGCUGAGUCUGCUGUACGGGCUCUACGAGACGGAGCUUUCACCGGCUACCGGAGCAGCCUACUCUUCCCUCAGCCACAGCGCCUGGGCUCUGAGCUUGGCCUGGAUCGUCGUCGCCUGCAGUACCGGCUACGGAGGAUACGUGAACGACAUCCUCUCGGCACCGAUACUCUACCCGUUCAGCCGAGUGACCUACUGCGCGUACCUGGUCCACCCCAUCGUCAUCAGGUUGACGGCUAUGAACAUGGACUCGCCGCUUCACCUGGGCAAGGACAGCAUGCUGAUCACGUUCUUCGGACAAGUGGUGGCCUCCUACAUCCUGUCGUUCGUGAUAUCGGUCUCGUUCGAGGCGCCGGUAGUCAGUAUGCUCAAGAUCCUGUCGCCCAAGAAGAGAAAUCGUAUUCAGUAAUACGGAAUCGAAGGAAGAGUGCUGUAUGCACAAUUUGUUUUCCGGGAGAAUUACUUUCGUCGUCUAGGUCUUGCGAAAGUAAUCCUGCUCUAUCCCUAAGCUGUAAUUAAUUGCAAGAGGUGCUUGUUGUUUAUCCACCGCGAGGACGAGACAUUAUGCGACCGAAACUAAGCCUCGGCGAGACCUUAACUGUGUUUUUUAUUUUUUAUGUGUAGCGUAUAAGUAUGUAAAAUAAAUUAUUUCUCUUUGUAUAUAUACAAUUUAAAGUA